UGCAAUAAGAAAUACUCUGACAAGAAGUACCGUACCUACAACAGUUGCCAUAGUAGUUGGGCUUCAACCUGACAUCCUCUAGAUACUGCCCGGAGAUAUCUACCGACCACCUCUUUGUAUCACAGCCCUCGAACCCAGCGUUUUUGCAGAAACCCAGGUACCCCCCCCCCCCGAUCCACGUCAUUUCCAAGAUCCAUCUUCUCUUCUUUUGCGCCUAGCCGUGAUCUUUCCUUAUCCGACUGGCAAAAUCAACGCGCGCGCAAACCUACAACCGACCCUACCACGACGACAUAGCCUAUAAAUCUCAUCGUUCUCGUCUUUGCGCACUUCCGUCUCCGUCAUGGUGGUAGACACGGCCUACUACGACACCCUUGGGGUCAAGCCGACGGCCACUGAGCUCGAAAUCAAAAAGGCCUAUCGCAAGCUCGCCAUCGUCCACCAUCCGGACAAGAACCCUAACGACCCCAACGCUCACGCCAAGUUUCAAGAAAUCGGCGAAGCUUACCAAGUUCUAUCUGACGAAGACCUCCGCAAGGCCUACAACAAAUAUGGCAAAGAAUCAGCCCGCCCAACCGAGGGGUUCGUCGACCCAGCCGAGUUCUUCUCGAGCAUCUUUGGCGGCGAGUCUUUUGUCGACUGGAUUGGCGAGAUCAGCCUUAUGAAGGAUUUGACCGCCACCAUGGACAUUACCAUGUCUGCUGAGGAAGAGGAGGCUGCCGCCGCCGCUGCUGCUGAGGCCGAGGCUGCCGCUGCCGCCAAGGAUGGCGAGUUCCCUGGUACAGCGGACGCUCUGAAGGAGAGCCUCAAGACAUCGGGCGGAGAGUCAUCGUCCGCUGUACCGCCUGAAAAGCCACCAGUUCCUGCCGUGAUUGUGGAGGAGGAGGCCCCCACCAAGAAGGCCAAGGAGGCCGGAUAUAACACCUGCAAUCCCUCCGCGACGGAGGAGGUACCACCCCCGUACACCAAGUCUUCUUCGCCGGGCCCUGGGUCAGGAGCGUCCACUCCCAAGCCUGGCGGCCGCACCCAAAUCCCUAUCCGGCCUGCGCUUAUGGAUCGGCCGUCGGAUGAGGUGUCUCAGCAGACGGACGAAGGUGACAAGAAGGGGAAGAAGUCCAAGGCAGGCUUGUCCAAGGAGCAGAGAGAGCAGCUUGCGGCGCUGGACAAGGAGCGCCAGCGGAUUCGCCAGGAACGCGUUGACACCCUGGCCCGCAAGCUCCUCGAUCGUAUUUCGGUGUGGACAGAGACGGACCACGGCAAGGACGUCACUCGCGCGUUUCAGGAGAAGACAAGGCUGGAGGUGGAGGAGCUCAAGAUGGAGUCGUUCGGCAUCGAUAUCCUGCACGCCAUUGGCGCGACUUACUUUAGCAAAGGCACCACCCUUCUACGGAGCCAGAAGUUCUUUGGCAUGGGCGGGUUCAUCAGCCGUAUGAAGGACAAGGGCACGCUAGUCAAGGACACAUGGAACACGAUCAGCAGCGCUAUUGACGCCCAGCAAACGAUGGAGGAGAUGGCCAGGUUGGAGCAGCAGGGAGGGGAGGAGUGGACGGAUGAGAAGAAGAUCGAGUAUGAGCGCAGGGUGACGGGGAAGAUCUUGACGGCGGCCUGGAGGGGAAGCAAGUUUGAGAUUCAGAGCGUGCUUCGGGAUGUUUGCGAUGCUGUUUUGAACGACAAGAAGGUGCCACACGGGAAGAGGCUUGAAAGGGCGCAGGCGCUGGUGUACAUUGGUGAAAUUUGCCUGGCGGCCAAGCGCAGCCCUGAGGAGGAAGGCGACUACAUGGCAUUCGAGCAGCUUGUUGCCGAGGCGGCCAUGAAGAAGGAGAAGGAGUCGAAGAAGAAGGGCAAGGAUAAGAAGAAGGACGAAGAGGACAAGAAGGCCGCCAAGCCUGGAGACAAGGCCUGGGAGGAGGCCGCUGCUUCAGCAGCCAACAGCGCGCCCAACGUCCCCAGUUCAUCAUGAUGGGGACCGAGAGGCUUAAUGAUUUGGUUUAGUGCCUGAAUGCUGAUGUUGUGAUUUGUGGUAAAAGCUAGACGAGACAGAUACUACCUUUUUAUUCAUAU